AUGAAGACAAGGGAAGGAGAAGAAGAUAGAAUCCAUCGUCUUUCCGAAGAACUGUAUGAGACACGACGGACCCACUGGGACGAAAUGCAAAAUCCGAGCGCAAAACGCUUCCGAAAAUACGUCACAUUCGAGAGAGGCGAGACUGCUGCUUUAUGCCACCGUCAUCACAAUGUCUUUGUUGAAGGGCCACACUCCGUACACCCGACGACUGAUAACUUACACAAGGCAUCAUCGACGAGACAUGCAGAAAUGGAGAAAUCAGAAAUCAAUGUCAUUUUCGGGCGAAUACACGAGUUUUGUCCCAAGUGCCUACAUCACUACAGACGAUUCCCACAGCAUACUAUAAAUAUAUGUCCAACUGAGGAAACAUUUGGUUAAAGGAUGGCUCAUGAAACUGUAGAAUCUCUGUCGAUACACGCCAUGUAAAAACAAAAGCUUCGCCUCGAUCGAUCUCUCUCAGUCACCGGGGGAAUGCCUCAGCAUGCUAUCUGCAUCUCAUUCCUCUACUUUACUCAUUCGCUUUCAAAAUAUCACAUUAAAAAGACAAAAGCUCGACAACCCUAGUGCCUUUCCAAACGGUGCGACCACAACCAUCAUAAUCAGGAUCGCCUCCCACCUUGCAUCCCCACUUCCUGCUCCUCCUCCUCCUCCUCCUCGUGCUCGUGAGUGGGCCCUCCGACCACCACUAGGGUUUCAACCUCUUCUCUUCUUUUGAGAGACUUCCGUAAUCCGAUAAACAUGAAAAUUCAGCGGUGAAAGCACGGAAACAGCAGCUCUGGCACCUUACCAACAUUCCCACUGACCGCAACACCCGUCCGUUCUUGCGAGAAGCCACCACUGCAUGAAUUCCGUGCGUAUUUUCGACUCAAUAUUGUAUUAUUUCGUAUCUUGGCUUCUCCAUCUGAUCUCUGUCCCGCCGGGGGGAAAUUCCGAUGAUUCUCAACCACCGUGAACAGAAAGUGGUUCCACCGUAGAGAAUUGCUCGACGAUUUCAUGAGCCGUCAGGCUGCUGCUUGCUCAUCGUCUCGUUCCCAGGCAACGAGACGAUGAGAACCACCGCUUCGUCCAGAGAAUCCAAUGCAUUGCCACGCAGAAAGUGAGACUCGACGACAUUGCGAGUGCUGUAGAAUUCAGCCUUUUCUCCCUUUCCGCUUUUCUCCAAAGCACAAAUCCUCACAUCCAAGUCCACAACUCGGAGCCAUUUCCAUUUCUAUUUCCUCUCGACCGCACCCGUCCGUCCGAUUCCACUCACUCAGUGCACCAAACACUCUACGCUCAUCUCGACGACAAACAGACAGACAGAUGAACCGAUUCCGCCUCACGUCCAAUUCUACUCUCGGUGUCUGCAAAUCUACGCCUCCAAUUCACAAACCGAUCUGCGCGCCGAUGGAACUGAGCAAGGCAUCCAAUUCCAAUUUCGCCCCUGAUUGUGGUCGUUCAACGCCAGCAGCCAUCUUCAAUAUGGAGUACUCUCCAUAGCGCAACUCAAGCUGACAUGACUGAAAUUGAUCCUUCUGCUCCACAUGUAGAAGACGGCCAUGAAUGCCACAACGGAGCCCUCAAGAGUACAGAGGAUCUGUUUGUGGUCACGUUGGAGCGCGAUCCAGGUCUGAGACCAACCAUUCCAUCCUACCCAACCUCUCAAAGG